AACAAGCCGUUGCUUAUGCUCAAAUGUCUCAGAAUGGCUUCUUUACUUGAUGAUACGGACCCACGCCUUCAUGUAUGCCGCGUCAAGUUUUUGAAGUACAAAGAAGCUGCUCGCUUUUCGGAAGUUAUCGGAGGUCUAGUUGAAGAAAUGUCUUCUCAACUCUUCACGGAAAUGGAUCCUAUGGUUUUGAAUGAUAGCUUCAAACAUCAACAUCUUAAUAGUCUCCGUCAUCGUAUUGCAGUUGCCGAAUGCAAUCUGGUUCUUGAUCCUGGCAGUGAAUCCACGACGAAAAAUUGGUUAAUCAAGUCACUAGAGGACGAAAAACUCGUGGGUAGGAACUUAAAAACGGUUGUUGAACUCUACGAUUCAAUAAAAUAUGGUCGACAUGGAACUUGGAGCAAAGAGGAGGUAAGCAUUCAUCAAACUAUUCGUUUUCUCUAA